AUGAUGGGAGUGUACAGGGGAAAAGAUAUUUCACUUGUAAGUCGCCGUACGGAGUUUUUGUACCGGCCUCCAAGACCCAAAGAGCACCCUCUCAAACGCCCAACAGGGCAAAAGUCGUACAUACGAAAACGUCCCUUUUACGGCAGAAUCGAGGUCUGGGCGGAAGUCGUGAGUCAUUGUCAUCUAUAG